UACAAAGAGUUCGUUAUAUAGAAAUUUUAAUCUGGUCACCCCAAAACAUCGCCAAUAAAAGUAUCGUGUAAAUUUAAGUACUGUAUGGGUGGAACAAUCGGCAUCUGGCUGCCAUGACGUCAUGGCGGGGUCUUUUCUCGCUUUUGUUUUGCUACGGCGCCAUGGUUAUCUAAUUGGCUGUCCCACACUCUACUCACCCAAUCUCUGAUGUGCUCAUAUGCUCUCUUUCGAUAUUUUUCUAUUUAUGCUUUGUCUCAAAGCUUUCAUCUAGGCGAAAAAAUAUCAGCGUUCAGUCAUAGUUCGUCACUGGUGGAUUGCAGACGGUUAUUCUUUGUCGAAGUUAACGUUUAUCAAAUUGAGUAGCAACAAUGUCCGAGGGCGAAUCAAAGUUUGGUUUCAAGGAUAUGGAGAAGGCAUUGGAGACGCUCAAGCUGCUGGAGAGUCAUGAUAUGCAGUACCGUAAACUUACCGUUCGGGGACUGCUCGGACGCGCCAAACGCGUCUUAACGAUGACAAAGGCUGCAGAGAAACUGAAGAACAUAAAUGAUGCUAUUAGUGUGUUUGAGCAAUGGCUGGAGGAGAACGGAGGCGGUGCCUCUAAUAAGAAUGCAAAGACUGAUGGCGACGACAAGGUCGAAACCGUGCCUGGUCUGGGCUUUAAGGACAAGGCAGCAGCGCUAGCGACCCUAAGUAUUUUGGCGGAACGUGAUCCAGAUUACCAAAGACUAGCAAUCAAGGGUCUGAUUGGCAGCUCAAAGCGAGUGCUCUCUGGCACCAAGAAUGAAGAUAAAAUUAAUUCGAUCAAAGAAGGGGUUCAAGUACUCGAAGAGUUCCUUGAAAAAUUCGAGACGGAGAAUCGGAUCAAGGAUAACAGAGCUUAUCUUUCACAUGCAUUGAUCGCUAAAUUACCUGAACCGAAAGAUGAACUGGCAUCCGAGUUCCUGGUUGCUUAUGGUGGAUCUAAGGCGAAGGGAAACUAUAAGCACCUUCGUACAAUGUAUCCCAAGGAUGAGACAACGAGUUGGGAUAUAGUACGCAAUCGCCAAAUAGCAAAAUUGCUAGAGAAGAUCAAGAGCGAAGAUUUGAAUCUGUUCGAUAAGGAGACAGGCGCUCCCAGUGACAUACAUUUAGAGCUGAUACACUGGGCAUACAGUCCGCAGCAAGACAAGGUAAAGAGCUAUGUGAAAAAACAUAUCAAGAAAUCGCCAGAGAAACGGAAACUUGACACCGACAGUAGUAGCGAUGAUAACAGUACUAGUAGUAAUUCGGAUUCGGAAGAGAAAUCUGUACCCAAAAAGAAAAAGAAAGAAGAGUGAUGGAAACCCAAAUGCAAGAAGUGUUGCGCUUUGUGUAACGAACAAAAACGGUAUAUACUUUAUUUAAAUGCGCCAACUGAACCUCAAAUCGAUUAUAUUUUUGUGGUAAACACUUUGUUUUGUAUAUAUGAAUGUAAUUUGAUAUAUGUGUGUAUAUACUGCUGAUAAGGCCUCGCUUAGAUGAGCUAUACAUCUAACGCUAGCCAUCUAAUAACCAAAU